ACCAGACACACUGACGGGAUGACUCCGGGGGAUUAAUAACGCACAAUUCGAAUUCCACCGCCUUGACGCUCUCCUUCCCCUGUGAUAAGAAGUUUGACCAGAACUUCUUUUCCAGAUGAGAAUCUUCUUUUCUCUUUCAGAGAGAAGGAAGCAGCCGGCAGCUGGUGUGUAUUUUUUUUCCGCUGGCGGUUCCAGCUUCGCCUCUCGGAGCCGUUGAUGCGGCGUUAUCUCUUUCGCUCUGAGCCAGAUCUGACGUGUGCAGGAAAUCAGCUGAUCGCCAAGCCCAGAGGCUGCGCUCAGAGCGGUAGCACCUGCCGCCCAGUCCGGAGUCCGGAGCCCGGUUCCAUCCCACCCCACCCGACGGCAGCCGGAGCGCCGCCCCUCCCUAAUGCCGCGUGGACUCGGUGUUGCCUCAGGUGUCCCUAGCACCCUGCCCAAGCCAUGCUGCAUAACGGCAACGAUCCAACCCCACCAUCGCCCAAUAAGUGGGGUAAAGCGACGGGGGCCGGCGCCCCGAGUCAUCCACAGCCCCGGCUGGAGAUCAAGAAGAACGCCAUCACCGAUGAUUACCGGGUGUCCUCGCACGUCCUGGGACUGGGAGUCAAUGGCAAAGUGCUGGAGUGUGUGCACAAGAAAACGGGAGAGAAGAGCGCCCUAAAGAUUCUCUUCGACAGCCCAAAGGCACGGCGUGAGGUAGACAUGCACUGGAGAGCCUCCAGCACCCUGCACAUUGUCCGAAUUAUUAACAUCUAUGAGAACAUGCAUCGUGGAAAGCGCUGCCUCUUGAUAGUGAUGGAAUGCAUGGAAGGAGGCGAAUUGUUCAGCAGAAUCCAAGAUCGAGGUGACCAGGCCUUUACUGAGAGGGAAGCCUCAGAAAUAAUGAGGGACAUAGGGAGUGCAAUUCAGUACCUCCAUGCACUGAACAUAGCUCACAGGGAUGUCAAGCCAGAAAACUUGUUGUAUACAACAAAAGAUUUCAACGCAGUCCUCAAACUCACAGAUUUUGGGUUUGCCAAAGAAACAACGCUUCACAACUCCCUGGCCACACCCUGUUACACGCCGUACUAUGUCGCCCCAGAAGUCCUGGGCCCAGAAAAAUACGACAAGUCAUGUGACAUGUGGUCGUUGGGAGUGAUCAUGUAUAUUCUGCUAUGCGGCUACCCUCCGUUCUAUUCCAAUCACGGCCUAGCCAUCUCCCCUGGCAUGAAGAAGAGGAUCCGAAUGGGACAGUAUGAGUUUCCCAACCCAGAAUGGUCGGAGGUUUCCGAAGAAGCGAAGGAUCUGAUCCGGCAGGUGCUGAAGACAGACCCCACAGAGCGGAUGACCAUCACCGAGUUUAUGAAUCAUCCUUGGAUCAAUCAAUCAAUGGCGGUCCCACCAACUCCACUACACACAAGUCGGGUGCUCCAAGAAGAGAAGGACAUGUGGGAGGAGGUGAAGGAUGAGAUGACGAGCGCCCUGGCCACAAUGAGAGUUGACUACGACCAGGUGACCAUCAAGGACUUGGAUAAAACCAGCAACCCACUGCUGAACAAGAGGCGGAAGAAGCAGAUCUCAUCGGUGCGCUCGUCUUCAGCGAUCUGCAGCAACCAGUGAGGGGCGGGCCACAGCACUGGGAAUGGGCAACAUAGCUGGCAAGGACCCAGAGGCUUCUAACGCUCCGCUAGAACUGUCAUUCACACCGCCAGAGGCGGAGUUUCCCAGCGUUGAAGAGGAUGUUUGUACUGAUGGAGCAGGCACAGGAGGGCACAGCUGUACUGUAAAAUGCCCCAACCCUUUACUGCCCCAUUGCAUCUUUUAUUACGAACAGUAUUUGACUUGGUAUUUUAAUUUGGUUCUAACUUUGUAAUCACAUUGAAAGUCAAAAAAAAAAAUUUGCAGAUACUGGAAAUCUGAAAAGUAGAAAAUGCUGAAAAUAAUCAGUAGGUCAGGCAGCAUUUGUGGGAAGAGAAUAAGCGUUUAGGCUGGUACUGAUGGUGAAGAAGGGGGUCCACGGGUGUAUCCUGGGCGGUUCAGUUUUCACAGCGUGUUCUGUUUGUGAUUUGCGGAGAUGUUGUUGAAUUAAUUUCAGCAAAGGAAGGUAAAUCCUGGUGUGUCACCUCUGUUCAUCAGCUCUAAAGUAAGCGGAGAUCCAUAUACACAGUAACUGUCUGGACUCUUAAGUACGUGGGGAUCCUGAGGCUCUCUGAAGGUGGCUACACAUGUCAAUAGGAUGGUCAAGAAGGUGUUCUGCAAACUUGCCUUCACCAGUCAGGGCACUGAAUAUAAGGGUCAGGAAGUUGUAUAAAACUUUGGUUGGACUGUAUUUGGAGAAUCGGGUGACGUUCUGGUUGGCCCUUUACACGAAAGAUGUUGGUUCAUUAGAGAGAGUGCCAAAGAGGUUCACCAGGAUGCUGGCAGCAUUAGAGAGUAUUAGCUACAAGGAGGGUUUGGACAAACCUGGGUUGUUUUCUCUGGAGUGUUGGAGGCUGAUGGGACACCUGAUAGAGGUUUAUAAAAUUAUGAGAGGAACAGAGAGUGUAAGCAGGCAGUGUGCUUUAUCCCAAGGGUGGAAACAUCAAUUUUUAGAGGGCAUAGUUUAAGAUGGGGGGGGGGAUGUAUGGGGCUAGUUUUGUUUUUACACAGAGAGUGGUGGAUGCUGGAAUGAGUUGCCGGGGUGGAGGUGGCAACAGACAGGAUGUAAGAGGCUGUUAACGCAGAAUAAGAACAGACAGGGGCUUGAGGGGUGUGGAUCUUGCGCAGGCAGGUUUUAUUUGGCAUCAUGGUCGAUACAGACAUUAUUUGUUACUGUGCAGUGCUGUUCUGGGGGUCUCUUUGAGAUCCGCUUGCCAUGAGGUACCGAAAUAAACAUUUUAGACCUUCAGAUCAGUCACAUGUCUGGGAUGUGGAAGUGGCGAUACGCCACCUGCCUCAGGAAACUGGAGAAGCCAAGUGCUGGACAAAACCACAUCGCCCCCAGAGAACCCCAGGCUCGCACAUGGAGAUCAGGGCAGAGUGCUCCCUCCACAAUCUUCACCCAGAGAGGAGCAGGUGAAACCAAGCAGGCUGGUGAAAUGGAGGGGUCAGAAGCAAAAAACAAAUGUAUGGUUGAAAUUUCUACUGACUCUGUUCAUAAAAAAAAACAUGGCCCUCCUCCUUUGUGGUGACCCAUGGAUUUCAUGAAGUUGUUGUAUCUGAACUGUGUGCUAAGUAAAUUUACCAGCUGUUUAUUGAAGGACAAGGUUUGUAUUUGAAUUAAGGUCAUAAUUCGCGUAGGAGAGUUGGAAAUCUUCCAUGUAAAUCAAACUGUUUAUGACGUCCCAAUAUAUUUUACAGUUACUAAUUUGCUUUUGUUACAAUACAAGAAAAGGGCAUCAGAUUGUAUGGAAACGA